AUGUCUCAACCUGAAUCAUCAUCGGACUCGAAAUCUGGGGCUGGGAAGAAGGACUUCUCCACCGCGAUUCUGGAACGUAAGAAGGCGCCAAAUCGGCUUGUCGUGGACGAGGCUGUUAACGGUGAUAACUCUAUUGUCGCCAUGCACCCUCAAACCAUGGAAAAGUUAGGGCUUUUCCGAGGCGAUACUAUCCUCAUCAAGGGAAAGAAAAGGAAGGAUAGUGUUUGUAUUGCUCUUGGUGAUGAUACCUGUGAAGAGCCUAGGAUUAGGAUGAACAAAGUUGUGAGGUCGAAUUUGCGAGUUCGGCUUGGAGAUGUUGUGUCUGUGCAUCAGUGUACUGAUGUCAAGUAUGGUAAACGUGUGCACAUUCUGCCUAUUGAUGAUACAAUUGAAGGUCUCACUGGAAAUCUCUUUGAUGCUUUCUUGAAACCCUAUUUCGUGGAAGCUUAUCGUCCCGUCAGAAAAGGAGAUCUAUUUCUUGUGCGGGGAGGGAUGAGAAGUGUAGAGUUUAAGGUCAUUGAAACUGAUCCUGGUGAGUACUGUACGGUUGCUCCAGACACUGAGAUCUUCUGUGAGGGGGAACCUGUGAAAAGAGAUGAUGAAGAAAGACUUGAUGAAGUUGGUUAUGAUGAUGUGGGUGGUGUUAGGAAGCAAAUGGCACAGAUUCGCGAGUUGGUCGAGCUUCCACUUAGGCAUCCACAACUUUUUAAGUCAAUUGGUGCGAAAGCACCUAAAGGAAUUUUGCUUUCUGGACCCCCAGGUACCGGAAAGACAUUAAUAGCAAGAGCUAUUGCUAAUGAAACUGGAGCUUUCUUCUUUUGUAUUAAUGGACCAGAGAUUAUGUCCAAACUGGCUGGAGAGAGUGAAAGCAAUCUUAGGAAAGCGUUUGAAGAAGCAGAAAAGAAUGCACCAUCCAUCAUCUUUAUUGAUGAAAUUGAUUCUAUUGCACCCAAGCGGGACAAGACAAAUGGUGAAGUAGAAAGAAGGAUUGUUUCACAACUUCUGACUCUUAUGGAUGGGCUAAAAUCCCGUGCUCAUGUUAUUGUCAUGGGGGCCACUAAUCGCCCCAAUAGCAUUGACCCGGCAUUGAGAAGGUUUGGUAGAUUUGAUAGGGAAAUCGAUAUUGGUGUUCCAGAUGAAAUUGGGCGACUUGAAGUCCUUCGCAUACAUACCAAAAACAUGAAGCUCUCAUAUGAUGUUGAUUUGGAGAGAAUUUCAAAAAAUACUCAUGGGUAUGUUGGUGCUGACCUUGCUGCUCUUUGCACUGAAGCUGCUCUACAAUGCAUUAGGGAGAAGAUGGACGUCAUUGACUUAGAGGAUGAGACUAUUGAUGCUGAAAUACUAAAUUCCAUGGCAGUUACAAAUGAGCAUUUGCAUACUGCACUUGGAACAAGCAACCCAUCAGCUCUACGCGAAACUGUUGUUGAGGUGCCUAAUGUCAGCUGGGAGGACAUCGGAGGCCUUGAGAAUGUCAAGCGUGAACUGCAAGAGACUGUUCAAUAUCCGGUUGAGCACCCGGAAAAGUUUGAGAAGUUUGGGAUGUCACCAUCCAAAGGAGUUCUCUUCUAUGGUCCUCCGGGAUGUGGAAAAACUUUGUUAGCCAAAGCAAUUGCUAAUGAAUGUCAAGCUAACUUCAUCAGUAUAAAAGGCCCAGAGUUGCUUACAAUGUGGUUUGGUGAAAGUGAGGCCAAUGUUAGGGAAAUAUUUGACAAGGCUAGACAAUCAGCUCCAUGUGUCCUCUUUUUUGAUGAGCUUGACUCCAUUGCCACUCAGAGAGGGAGCAGUGUUGGGGAUGCUGGUGGCGCCGCUGAUAGAGUGCUAAAUCAACUUCUGACAGAAAUGGAUGGCAUGUCUGCCAAAAAGACUGUGUUCAUUAUUGGGGCAACUAACAGACCUGACAUCAUUGAUCCAGCACUUCUUCGGCCAGGCCGUCUAGAUCAGUUGAUCUAUAUUCCUCUACCUGAUGAGGAUUCCCGUCAUUCGAUCUUCAAGUCUUGCUUGAGAAAGUCACCGAUCGCGAAAAAUGUUGAUUUGGGAGCAUUGGCUAGGCAUACUCAAGGUUUUAGUGGUGCAGACAUUACAGAAAUAUGCCAGCGAGCAUGCAAAUAUGCUAUAAGAGAAAACAUAGAGAAGGACAUAGAGCAAGAGAGGAAGAGGAAGGAAAACCCUGAGGGCAUGGAUGAAGACUUGGUAGACGAAAUAGUUGCAGAGAUUAAAGCUGCUCAUUUUGAGGAGUCCAUGAAGUAUGCACGUAGGAGUGUCAGUGAUGCUGAUAUACGCAAAUAUCAAGCAUUUGCUCAGACUCUACAACAAUCAAGGGGAUUUGGAAGUGAAUUUAGAUUUUCAAAUACCGCAACUAGUGCUAUUGUAUCUGACCACCUUACAACUACUACUGGAGGGGCAGAUGAAGAUGAUCUAUAUAGUUAGGUUUUUUAUGAUGUGUUUCUAGACUUCCCUUUCAAAUGGGAAAACUUCAAGUCUGCUAUUUAUUUCAC